UCUCUAGCAGGCUGCAGCUGAAAAUGACUGCCUGUUGACGAUUUGUUUGGGUUGUUUGGGUGGGCCUUACGAAGUUGCUACAGGUUGUUGAUGAUGUUCUUCAGCUCCCUAACUUGUUAGCCGGAAUAGGUAGCGGCAAGUCUGAUAUUUUUGAGUGGCUGGAACGACUGGUCUCUCUCAAAAAUUGUUGUCCUGCUCGUCUGGGCACAGGUGCGCACAAGCGUCGUGCCUGUGAAAGCUGCGCCGACAACAUAUGAGUUCUCCAUCGGCGUUUGAGGCCUCCGAUUCCACAGACAAUGGGGGCUUCGCCAAACUCAGUGCGUGGAAGUUCGAAGCUGCGAGCUCGUUCCUCAUCGGCAGGUCGGGGUCCUGAUAAGGGUCUUCGCGCUCGCUACUGGGCUUACUUGUUCGAGAACCUCCAGAGGGCUGUGGACGAAAUAUACCACACUUGUGAGACAGAUGAGAGCACUCUAGAGUGCAAGGAGGCCAUUUUGAUCUUGGAGAACUAUAGGAAAGAGUUCACUGCCUUGAUCAAUUGGAUACAGCUGAGUAAACAACUUGAGAAUACACCGCCUCCAGACAGACCGACAUGUUUAGCCUGGGAGGUGCGCAAGUCAUCAUUGGGAAGAGGAGUAACUCCACGAAGCUGGGGUCUUCGUUCGGGCAGCACUGGACAGCGCACUCCAUGCUUAGUUUCAGUCGCCAUUCAGUGCGGCACCAGUGAAUCUGGCCAGGUGUGCCCAGACUUGGUGGAAAAGCACCCAGUCACAGAAACGACACCCAAGAGGGACAUUUCCAGCAUAACGUGUGUUUCAGCUCCCAGGACUGCUAUGGUGCCAACAUGCGACGUUGUGCCCGAAACAGUUGAAAGUGCUGCCUCUGAGAAAAGCACAUCGACUGACCCAAGUCCUGCGUCUAAAGCCAAAGCCCCAGCAUCGCCUCCUGAUACUUCUAAAAGCUCCACCAAGGAGCCUUCAAAGGCUUCUUCUGGUGUGACUGUGAGCUCUGAUGUAACCAGACCCUCAAGAAUUUCACCAGCCACAACGCCGACGGGUUAUGCCACUUCAGGGUCUCGGCUGACAGCUACAAGAGGGGCUAAGCUGACGCGCACAGCCGUGGAUACAAAACCCAAAGCUGCGGCAGAAAACAAGGCCAUAUCGUACAGUUCUUCACUGAAGAUUGGCCAGCAAGUGGCACAUUCUGCCGCGACAAAGCCUCGUGCCGCAGAAUCCAGUGCGUUGGCAACCAGGUCAAGUGCUACCCUGCACUCGCAGAGGACGAGUGGGCCAAGCCGUAGCACAUCAACUCCGUACACCACACACAUGUUAGCUUUAUCAUCUCAGAAGGCUGCUUCAGAUCAAACCACAAAUGCACUGGUCAAGUCAGGAGAAGACGGAAAGAGCGGAUCCACUCUGUCACUGAGUAGUAGCUCCAGUGGCCGCAGCUGGGCAGACAAAGUAAAAGGACCAAGUGCAUUUGAAGACCAUGGCCUGACAAAAAGUGCCUCCUUGGACCCCAUUGCUGGAGAACCUGAUGAUUCUGAAGGCUGGGAGACUGUGCGCCGCAACAAGCCACGAUCCCGCAAUUCUCCUCCCAAGAAAAUGAUCACACACCAGGCACCAUCAAGCCAAUCCAUGGGAGUCAAGCGGUCUCCGUCAGCACCGGCAAUUUCGGCACCUGCUCCCUCUCGAGUGAAGACUCCUCGGCGUUCUUCAGCACCACUUUCCAGCAUGCCACCGUCGUCGAGACCAGUGAGAAAUUCAGGCAAGGGUACGACAGGGAAGCAGCUUGGCCCAAAAAGUGCUACGUCCAUGCCUUCCUUAGUGCUGCCAAAUAGUCAGAAAGAUGCUGUUGCUUCACGUAAAACCACAACAGCCCCGAGUCUUGGGACCAGGUCAAAAAGCUUUCUAUGCCCAAUGCAGCAGAGCAAGAAAGUUGAUGAGGCUUCUGUGCCUGAAACAGACAACAAUGUGAAGGAAAUUGUCACACCUGAAGCCUCUCCUCAAGUGGAUGCUAAAGGCGAGGCAAACGGUGUCUCUGAGACCGUGGAGGCAAACGAGCUGUCCCCAAAACAAGAGGAUCUGGCACAAGAAGAAUUUUCCCAAAAGCCAAAACCCAUGUCACCCUUUGAAGAGGAUGUCGUUGAAGUCCAAGAGCAAGCACUUGAAGCUGAGGAAAUGGUUCAUGACAUGGGACUGAGCUGGGGUGAUCAAAUGGAUUGCUUAGAGGAUCUUGAACUACGCACUCCAGGACGGGCACUUCAAAUGCACGAGAAGCUAUCUUGUGCAACACGAAAGAGAUCCCUCUCUGAGACCAUACAGCGUCACAAGGAAAAGCAAGCGAAAGCACAGGAGCAGAGGGAACGCAUUCGGGAAGAGAAAGCACAGCGGUGCAGAGAUCAGUCUAAAAAGGUGGAGGAGAAGAAAGCGCAACAAGAGGAACUCCAGCUCCAGCGGCGACUAGUUUUAGAGAAGCGACUGCAGCGAGCUGCCGAGAAGCGAGAGCUUCAACUUAAAAAUAAAGUCAAGAGGGCCCACGAUGAGGAAGAGAAGGUCAAUGAAAUAGCCUUCAUUAACACCCUGGAAGCUCAGAACAAGCGUAUUGACCUUCUGUCACGUGAAAAGGACCAUGAGGCUCGCCUGCAGGAUAUUCAGGAAGAACGACAAAGAAGGCAAGAAGAAAAAGCUGCAAAAGAAGCAGCUGCUGAAGAGCGACGCAAGGUUCUUGAGGCUGAGCGUCAAGCCAAAUUGCUGGAAAUACAAGAGAAAAGGAAGCUAAAAGACGAGAAAGUUCAGCUGCAGCAGCUUGAGAAAGAAAAGCUGCGCCAAAGCCUGGUGAAACAGAAGGAAAGAGAGAGAGAGCAGCGUCUCACUGCCGUCAAUGCGGCACAACUGGCUGCGGCAGAAGAGCUUCAGAAAAAGAUCCAGCUGAAGCAAGAAGAAAGUGCUCGUAGACAUGAAGAAAACAUUGAGCAAAUUAGACAGAAAGCAUUCGAGCUAAGUGUUCGCAAAUGCUCUUCGAACAACGAUGAUGCUCCUCACCAUCAGCCUUAUGACACUAAGAAAAUCUGUUCUCUCUGCAAUGUACUGAUUGGAUCAGAGGUGUAUCUGCUCAGUCACCUAAGAGGAAAGAAGCAUCAGGAAGCCAUUCGCGAAAAGUACCAGGAAGUGGCUCCUUCCACUGAAAAGCUGGAAUCAUACAACUUAAAGCACAUUGUUGACGCCUCAGCUGACCAAAUUGAUCCCAGCAUAGCCCUGGAUAGGGAACGACAAAAAGCACACCGUAAACGGUGCAAGAAGCUGAGACACAAGAUGACUAGCAGGGGCAAACUAUAUGAGAAGGCCUUUGCAGAGAAAUCUAAGGUCAUGGAACCGAAGAGCAAAUUUCGGCUAAGCAAAGCGGUGAAGGAAGUGUCUCGAUGCUUGAGCAGUCAGGGGCAGGGACCUUGGGAAAGCGUCUUGGUGUCGAGCUUGGAUCGAGCCUUGGGCGAAUUGGAACGCACCUUGAUGAUGGGAGGCUGCUCGGAGGGGGACACUUUGUGUUCUCUGGGUGGCCUCACCUGCCUCACUGAUCUGCUUGGUUGCCUCUUCAAGGCCACCGCUGAGCUGCAGCCAGUCGUGCCUCCACGGUGCCUCGUACGAGCAUGUACCGUGCUGAAGAUUUCAUGCGAGAAGAGCCCCACCAAUUGCGACUACCUCGUUUUGAGUAACCGUGUUGGCUUCCUGUUGGACAUCCUUGUACACCGUCUUAAUGACUCUACAGUGGCUGCUAUGGUGGGGCUCAUAAGAGCGGCACUGAAGGGCGUCAUUCGGUCAGACUCUGAGGUGAUGGCCUCCGAAGACUUGGUUCACAGGUUGCUUGAUGUUGUUAGCCGGGCGAAGCAUCGCAAGCAAGAAGAUUCAACUCAGCUAGCCGCAACUAUUGGAGUCACACAGCUCGCUGGUUCAGUGUCUCUGCUGUAUGGGACACUGCUGGAAAUGGGAGUGCCAUCUGGUUGGCGUGUUGGGAACCAGACACCUGCCUUGCUGUCUCCGGGACGAUUAGCCAUUGCAAGCGCAGCGAUAGCCUUGCUUAAUCACGUUGCACGGCUUGACUUGGCCAUGUUCCAAGCUGUGCUGGGAGCAGAAGGCAUGUCCCUGCAGCUGCGCCACAUUGCCAGCUACCUGCUGUGGUACUGCACUCACUGGGAGGAAUGGGCACUCCUUCAUCAGGUGGUGCUGCUGAUUGGCCAUUUUGCCGUGCUUUCCGUGGACAACCAGGCCGUGAUACAGUCCGGAGAACAGCCCACACUUCUGCAACUGUUGUGCACACUGCCUUUUGAGUACUUCAGCAAUCCAGAGCUCACACAGGUGCUCUUACCAACGCUUGUCUGCUGCUGCUUCAAUAAUGAGCACAAUCGCACUGUCCUGGAGAAGGAACUCAGUCCUGUACUGCUUGCCAAUUUUGUUGAGGAGUGCCUCCUCGACCUCCACAUCGGCAAAAAGAAGAAAGACGGCGAUGACUGGUGGUCCCUGGAGACCCGUUUUCCUAAGAACAAGUGGACGGCAGCCAAGGCCUUUUUCUCCGAAACGGAUGUGACCAACUCUCAGCCUGCGGAAGAAUGAGGAGUGACAGUUCGCCGUUGAAGUGUGUACAGGAAGAGCCGGCUGGGAAAGGCCGUCUCGUCGGCUUAGCUAAGUUAACCCGUCCGUGUUUCAUUAGCAAUGUGUAAACUAUGUCAGUGUACGAUGUACUAUAGUGUCAAAUUUGACAAAACGGCUACCAUUGAAUACAAAAAUAAGUAUACGACAUGACAUCGCUCUUUUUCGUGUUAAUUAUUGGGUGACAUAAGAGCCCCGUAAUGGCAACACACUUCUUUACACCGUCAGUGUAGCCUGACGGAAUGAAUGUGAGCCUGCUUGAAUCUGUGGUUGCUACGUUACAAAGCUUUGUAGUUACCUCGUAAGAGAACCUCUUUUAGUCCCUUAUAGGAACGUUGAAAGAGUUCAUUCAGUUUUUGUAGUAUAUACCUUUCUUACUAGCCCUAUUUAAGUACAGAAAAAUAAUCACACAUAAAAAAAGUGUAGAUUUCCGUCACGUCCUGGCUAGGCCAUCGUUCAGUAUUUUACAUUAUUGUCGAAAUUGCUAGUUACCGGUUUCCAUAUGUACUUGUUUACAUUUUUUGCCUUGUUUGUAGCGUUGCUGUUUCCAUUUCUGUCGGUUUACAUUUAUGCGUAUGAAACGUGGUUAGGCAACAUAAUAGCGAUGUAAUCGCAGUGUUUUGUGCACAUGUUGAUAAUACUUAUUUAUAUUUUGUUAUUUAUAUAUAUUGUUGGUAACCUUACUUCAUAUGUUCUCGCGUCGCCCGCUUGAGAAUGAAAUUCAGUGGAAGAUGGGAUGCCGGUGCAGCCACAUUUUUGUUGGCGUAAAGCUGGAAAAACAUCAAGGAUAGAUUCAAUGGUAUAUGCAGCAUUGAUGCACUCGUAGUGGAACCAGUUGAUCCUUAGUACUCUCGCUGGCUGGGCACUUUCGAGAAGGACCUGUACAGGCUCGCAGUUCACCUCCUUCAUUGACGUUGCGCGUCCUUGCGGUUUUUCAGGGUAUAACCGAUAUGGAUGUGCUGUAGAUUUGCUACGGAUAUUGUGUCUGUGCCUAGAACACAGAAAGUUCCAUUAAAAUAACUUAGUGAUUUAGGAUUGUUUAGAAACUUGCCCCCGUGAAAGUCUAUGGUUCCACGAAGCUUAGAUUCUCGGUUAAUAAUUAAUUACAUAAGAAGACACGUGAUGUUCGUAUUUGUGCGUCUCACCGGUGCGCAUUACCUUCUGUUUACUUUUACUAAACAUAAGCUUUAGAUAUGGCUCAUUACGAGGAAAUCAAGGCGCGGCGCCGUGUUGGCGCGGUGCAGCCACCGCUGUGGUUUAACGCCUCGUCUUCAUAAAGCACGAAGGCUCGUAACAGCGCUCACAAACAAACCGCAUGUAGCCGCAGCUGUUGUUGAUCUUUACCAAAGUGGAGAACUUCCGCGUCGACUUUCUUGCAGUGUGGGUGGCAGUGCGGCAAAGCCGAAUGUCGAGUGACAAUGUAAUUUGCGUAGACUUGGGAAGACCGUAUGCUGUUCGAAAAAGUUUUUUGGUUGUUUUUUUUUUUUGCUUUGGCAGCUCACUUGCUACAGUUUUCUUUUUUUUUACUUCCUCGUCUCAUUUGACGGUAAACGCACAUGCUGCCACGCUAUUAGUAUGAAACACGGGAACCUAAUCAAAUGAAUGUUCUUAUAACUAAGUAGUCUUUGCACCUUUUCUCAUUUUUUUUGUGCGUUUCUUGAGAUACUGUUCGCAUCAUUUUGUGUAGCACACUUGGUCUAUGGCGUUUAAUAAACAUUCACCUAUACCUUGUUCUUAGGGCGGU